AUGGGGCAUCUAAUCACUUUAGCAACAUGCUCUCUCAACCAAUGGGCCCUUGAUUUUGAGGGCAACGCGGCCCGCAUUAUCGAAAGUGUCCGGCUAGCAAAGGAAGCUGGCGCAACUCUGCGCGUUGGUCCUGAGCUGGAGAUCACCGGAUAUGGCGUUUUGGAUGGAUUUCUUGAGGGUGACACAUUCCUCCACUCGUUCGAGAUGUUGGCCCGCAUUAUCGAACACCCAGACUGCCAGGAUAUUGUCGUCGAUGUCGGUAUGCCUGUACGCCACAGGAAUGUCAGAUACAAUUGUCGCGUGAUUUUCUAUAACAAGAAAAUCGUUCUCAUUCGGCCCAAGAUGUGGCUAGCCAACGACGGCAACUACCGAGAGAACCGACACUUCACGCCGUGGCAGCGUCCCCAGGAGGUGGAAGAUUAUUAUCUCGAAUCGAUUGUCGGCAACAUUACAGGACAAUAUAAGGUCCCAUUUGGUGAUGCUGUGAUCAGUACCAGGGAUACCUGUCUGGGUCUGGAAACUUGUGAGGAGCUGUUCACUCCUAAUGGACCCCAUAUUCCCUACGGCCUUGCUGGCGUGGAAAUCAUUUCCAACUCUUCCGGAAGUCACCAUGAACUCCGGAAGCUCGACACCCGGAUCAACCUGAUUACUCAAGCUACAAAAGUGAGCGGUGGUAUCUAUUUGUAUGCGAACCAGCAAGGCUGUGACGGUGACCGUCUAUAUUACGAUGGUUGUGCCAUGAUCGUCAUCAACGGUGAUAUUGUCGCACAAGGAUCUCAAUUCUCAUUGAAUGAUGUCGAAGUUGUCACUGCAACAGUAGACAUUGAAGAGGUUCGAACAUAUCGAUCCAGUGUCAGUCGUGGCAUGCAAGCAAGCAAGCAAACGCCCUACGUCCGUCUUGACUUAGACGUUCGGCUUUCCCGCCGAUUGGAGGAGGCAGAGCCUAGCUUGAUAAUCUCUGAACCGAUAAAGCCUCGAAUCCAUUCACCUGCAGAAGAGAUUGCUCUAGGGCCAGCAUGCUGGCUAUGGGACUACCUUCGACGGUGCGGUGCUGCAGGUUUUUUCAUCCCUCUCAGCGGUGGCAUUGAUAGUUGCGCCACAUCUGUGAUUGUGUUUUCUAUGUGUCGACAGGUUCUCAAGGCUGUCAGAGAGGGCAAUGAGCAAGUGAUCAAGGAUGUGCGUCGGCUCUGUUCUAAGCCAGAAGAUUCAAACUGGCUUCCUACCAGUCCACAGGAAAUAUGCAAUGCCAUUUUUCACACAAGCUACAUGGGUACUCAAAACUCAGGCCAAGAGACCAGAGAUCGUGCCAAGCGCCUGGCGGCAGAUAUUGGUGCAUACCAUAUCGACUUCAAUUUUGACACUGUUGUGACUUCCAUCAUGAGCCUUUUCGCGGUUGUCACCAACUUACAGCCACGGUUCAAGGUCCAUGGAGGCUCUAAUGCUGAAAACUUAGCACUUCAAAAUGUUCAGGCUCGACUGCGAAUGGUUUUGGGCUACCUAUUUGCGUCAAUGUUACCGACUGUCCGUCAAAGACCUGGUGGUGGCGGUCUAUUGGUUCUCGCAUCCUCGAAUGUAGACGAAUGUUUACGAGGUUAUUUGACCAAAUACGAUGCCUCCUCGGCAGAUUUGAACCCCAUCGGUUCAAUCUCGAAAGUUGAUCUGAAGAAAUUCAUCUGCUGGGCCGGUGAUGACUUCGAUCUUCCCAUCCUGGAAGAAUUCAUAACCGCAACCCCAACUGCCGAGCUUGAGCCGAGAACAGCAACAUAUGUGCAAUCCGAUGAGGCUGACAUGGGUGUUACAUACGCAGAACUAGGCACAUUCGGUUAUCUCCGAAAGGUUGCCAAGUUGGGCCCAUGGUCGAUGUAUGAAAAGCUGCUUCAUAUGUGGGGCAAUGAUUUCAGUCCUCGUGAAAUCUACGAAAAGACUCGACACUUCUUCUACUAUUAUUCCAUCAACCGACACAAGAUGACGACUAUUACACCAGCAUAUCAUGCAGAACAAUACUCUGUCGAUGACAACCGGUUUGAUCACCGGCAGUUCCUCUACCCGUCUUUCUCGUGGGCCUACAAGAAGAUGGAGGACAGCGUCAAGUUCUGGGAGUCCAAAGGUUGGACAAAUGGGAAGUCCCAAAAAAAGAGUGUCAAGGCAGAUUGA